AUGUCUUACGCUCCUCAACCUCAAAUAAUCUAUUAUCCUGCCCCAGUUCAUUUUGCAAAUUCUUAUGGUUUAUCUGGUUCGCCAAAUAUGGAUAAUUCUUUUACAUUAGCAAUUCAUUCUUCUAAAAUGGUUCACGAAUUUUUUUUAGAAUUAGAAGUAAUAAAUAAUAAAUCAAGAUCUUAUACACAAUUCGAAAGGACAUUUGAAAAUGAAAAAAUUUCAUUAGAUACUAUCAAAGAACUUUCUGAAUCAGAUUUAAUUGAAUUAGGAGUAAAUAAGAUGGGAUGGCGCAAAAAAAUUAUGAAGCUAGCUCGUGAAUAUUAA